GUAGCACACAUAAACAGGUGCCAUUUCACACACCGCCGUUGUAAUUUUCCUAUUUCGCAAGAUAAAAGUGUCAAAAUCUAGCAAGUAUGUUCAAUAUGAUGGGUGACCAGCAUUCGAGAUCAUUGCAGCCGAAAAAGACUUCAAUAAGUCAAGAUUAUAAAGUUACAGGGAGUGUAUUAGGACUGGGAAUAAACGGAAAAGUUGUCGAGUGUUACUCACAUCGGACAGGGGAAAAGUUUGCCCUAAAGGUCCUUCGUGAUGUGCCUAAAGCCAGACGAGAAAUAGACCUCCAUUACAGAGCGUCCGGUUGCAAACACAUCGUUAAAAUUGUUGAUGUCUACGAGAACAACUAUGGUGGACAAAAAUGUCUACUUGUUGUCAUGGAAUGUAUGGAAGGCGGAGAAUUAUUCAGCAGAAUACAGGAGCGAGCAGAUUCCGCAUUUACAGAAAGAGAGGCAGCAUCAGUCAUCAGUGACAUAGCCAAGGCAAUACAUUAUCUACAUUCCAUGGAUAUCGCACACAGGGAUUUGAAGCCCGAGAAUCUACUCUACUCCAAGAAGGGGCCUGAUGGAAUCAUCAAGUUGACAGACUUCGGGUUCGCCAAGGAAUUACUGUCCUACAAGUCACUGCAGACACCUUGUUAUACUCCAUAUUACGUUGCACCUGAGGUACUUGGUCCAGAAAAGUACGACAAAUCCUGUGAUAUGUGGUCAUUAGGUGUAAUAAUGUAUAUAUUGUUAUGUGGAUACCCGCCAUUCUACAGCAACCAUGGGGCAGCUAUUUCUCCCGGUAUGAAGAAGCGUAUACGCAACGGACAGUACGAGUUCCCGAAUCCCGAGUGGAGCCGAGUAUCAAAAGAAGCCAAGGAUCUUAUCCGGGGGCUGUUGAAAACGAUACCAGAGGAGCGAUUCUCCAUAGAACAAGUCAUGAAUAACAAGUGGAUCUCUGACCACCAGGUGGUUCCCCAGACGCCACUUAUGUCUGCUCAGGUGUUACGAGAGGAAGGAGAAGCCUGGAUGGACGUCCAGGAGGAGAUGACAAACGCCUUAGCAACCAUGCGAGUGGACUACGACCAAAUAAACAUUAAAAAUCUGGACGAUUCUGAGAAUCCAAUUCUGAAAAAACGCCGAACUAAGAAGGUAUCCAACGCCGUUCCACCCCCACUAGUUGAAGAAACCAGCAUGGAGAUAAAGUGAAAAUGACAUUCGUCUUCUAUAACAGUACAGAGAGUGUAUAUUGAAGAUAUUGACUAUGGUCUUAUGACCAGUUUAGCUUCUUAAGAUUUUAGCUUGGUUGAAAAAUUGGCUUACAUUGAUGAAAUAAUAAAUCUUAAGUCAAUUUUCUGCUAACCCUGCAGAAGAACUUAGGUAUUUACACAAUAAUUUCAUAAUCCAACACACCCUCACACAUAUAUAUAUAACUGUAAUAUAGCGUAUGGCAUUUAGGGAAGGACUGAGAUAGAAUGAGUUUGUGUUAAGUUGCCAUAAUUUACUUAAGAUAGGACUUCAAGUAGUUAAGACAGGGAGAAUAUGGAGACAGAAUGAUAGAAAUGUUGUUUCAAUGAUAUUACAACAACUUGUGUUGAUUCAUAUAAAGCUGCGCUCUCACAGAUAGUCAGUUUUGACUUUUUUUGUAGUUUUUGUCUCGGAACCAGUUGAUUUUAGUCUCGAUGCCUUCAAUUCAGUCAUAUAAGAUAACUCACAAUAAAACAGAACUUUCUCAUUUGUUUUGAACACUACCAAAAAUUUCGUUUUUUCUUGAAGCAUUAGUAACGCUUCAAGCCAUUUAAACAUUAAUUUUCAAAUGCAAAUCUGAAAACUGCGAUCUGAUCUUUUGUCAGCAGUCUGAUAACACUGGUUUCCAGACAUUUACUAAAAAAUUGGCUUAUUCUGAGAAGAAAAAAUAUAUAAAAAAUUGUCAAAUCGGUUAAUCUGUGAGAGUGCAGCUUUAACCCUUUUCUUCAUACAUAUGCCUUUAUUUUCUAAAGUUAUUUAACAAGAUGAUUAACUAGUGAUGGCUUAAGUGGCCAAUCCGCUUUGAAGGAAAGGUUUUAAAUGUUGCAUCGAAAGGCAACAUGUAUGUGUUUCUGAUGUAGAUGUAUCACGUAUUUUGGAAUUGUUCGGUGUAAUAGCCAUAUUUUGCCGCAUAAUUCCGUGUGAGAAUGACAUGUAUAAAACAUUCAGGAGUUAUUUAGCGUGAAUUUAUAUUUUUGUAUGAUGUAGGUUUUUGUAUAUGCAAUCGUUAUUUCUACAUUUAUCUGUUGUUGAAUUUUGUCUACAUAUAUUACAGAUCAUGAUUAUAUACAUUUUACUGUUGUUCAUAUUUUGUUAAAGAGUUCAGCAAAUAAUAGACCAAGUUCUUUUAUGUUUACCUUCAUUAUGCUUUAUUAAAGCUGCACUCUCACAGAUAUACCAUUUUUACAACUUUUUUAUUUUGUGUCCUGGAAAGAGCAAAUUUUUGCGUAAAUAUCUGCAAACCAAUGAUAUAAGAUUGCUGCCAAAAAAUCAGAUCGUACAUUUUCAUAUUUCCGUUCGAAAAUUAAUAUUUUAUGGCUUAAACUGUUUAAGAAAAAUGCAUAAAACAUCAAUUUUUGAACUUGAAUAUAAAAAUCUGCGAUCUAAUGUUUUGUCAGCAGUCUAAUAUAACUGGUUUCCAUGGAUUUUCGCAAAAAUUGGCUCGUUCCAAGACAAAAAAUAAAAAUAGUUGUCAAAACGUUCAAUCUGUGAGAGUGCAGCUUUAACUGUCAAUUAUAAAUAAUCAAGGUUUCCGUUGUAUAAAUGUUUGCCAAACUGGUUUUAGUGAAUCUAAAAAGUUUUUUUAAGAGAAAUGUUUGAUUCGGAAUGAAAAGAUUAACAUUCAUACCAGUAAUCAUAAGAUAAUAGGGAAACUCUCAAAAGGGUUGUUCAACAAGGUUUACUUUUUGCCCAACAAAUUUGCAAAAAUCAAAAUAGAAUUUUUGGUGCUUAGAUCUAUGUUAUAAUUGAAUAUGCGCCUCAUAUAAUGCAAAUAUCUACUGUGUGUAGAAAAUGGUGAUACACUCACCAAACCUGAUUUCAUAACGCUCAUAGUAAAAAUUAAAAUGGCCAUAUAUCUUACAAUCCAAAAUAUUUAAACCACAUCCAUUUUAUGUGAAGUGCAAAAUAUAGUCAAAAUAUGAUAGCUGAUGAAGAUGUGGCCACUUUAUUCAACAAAAAAAAGUUCUUGUAUAUAUUUUUGCAUUUAUUCAUGUUCAUAUUGUAUUUAAACUAAAGAUUAAACACAUCAAUGGCUUCUAUUAUUUGAAAAAAAUGUUGGGUCAAAAAUAAGCCUUCAAGAACCCACUUGGUAAUGUUCACCUCAUGUUGGAAUUUUCUUGAGAUUGUUUACAUGUACUACUCAGUAAUUGCUUGUAUUUUAAUAAGAUUGCCGAAAAGGAAAGCUGUGCAUGAUAAGAAUUUUGUCUUAAAUUAUCUUAAAUCUUAAGGUAAUAACAUGUUAGUAGUUGUUCGCCUGAAUUAGUUAACAUAUCAAUGCAAUUUGGCUACUGAUGAGUGACCGCUGCUACUGAGGAGUGACCGCUGCUCUGAGGAGUGACCGUCUUAACAUGUGACUUUUCAAUUAUCUUAAAAUGACACCUUUUGCUGGAGUUAUAUAAGUUUUGCUUGUACAGUUACUUGAUUUUGAUAGCAUAAAAUAUCAUUAAAUGAAUGAAAUAAGUUUGUAUAAAAAUUCUUAAUGCAUUGUUCAUGUAACUUUUUUGUUAUUUUUGGACAAAAUCCUUUACUGAAAACCAAAUGGUGUUACAAACAUAACGUCUCACAAAAUAAUAAAUAAAUAAACUGUA